ACGCAAAAUAUUUUUCUGAGGUGGCAAAUGAUAAAGACAAAACAGAUAAAAACAAAUGUGCCUAUACUAACAUUUAAUUUAAUCAAGUAACUGUUCUAUGUAAUGUUGCCUAAAGCGCCAAAAAGUGGUUUCUGGAAAUUUGUCAAAGGCAGCGCCAAGACACUUUUUGUUAUUGAAGCAGUUUGCUUUGCUGCAUCUUAUGCCGUGUAUUACCGUAUGAAUACGAACCGAGAAUUCCGACAGUAUAUUAACGAAAAUUAUCCAUUCGUGCUGGAUUAUUAUUAUAAAGUUGGUGAGAUAAUUGGCAAUAGCAAUUUGCGUGAAAUUGACGCAACAGUCUGGAAAUCGGAUCAAAAGAAGAAUAACUAAAAAAUCACAAUAAUAAAAUAGUUUAUUUUAAAGAGUGGAAAGGGUAAAUGGCUUCUAACCCAUA